AUGCCUGUCCGAGGGCUCGGUCAGGGCUCAGGAAAAAGGCAUCAUCUUCCCUCUGGAGAGUCUGUGGCUGGAACGAGUCGGCGCUGCACACCAGGCAGCUACCCUGGGCCCCAAACCAUCGCCCCUGGGCCCUGGUCGGAGCAGCCCGGCGACCUCACCGUCUCUGCCCCUUUGACAAUAAUGCUGCCCCGGAAAGGAAGUCUCCACCCCAGCGAUCCCUACAGCGCGUCAGUCUCUAGCCCCAAACGGAGCAGCAAGCCCCGCACAAGAGCUCGGCGCCUCCACCUCGAGCUCAAUCCGGGCGCUCGCGGUCCGGGCGCGCCACCCUCCCCAAGCUGCCGCCUGUCACCCUGGGGACCCCGACAGGAGCUCGCCCCGCUCGGCGGCCGCAGCGCUCCCCCAAAGCUCCCCUCCGAGGCCACGUUUGCCAGACAAAAAGAGGCCGGAUUUGGAGAAAGAGUCGCGGGCUCACCUCGGGGCCGCGCUCCCCGGGCCUCGCCGUCGGUCGCCGCGCCGCCAGCCGCCGGGCCGGGCGCCCCGGAGCAUUGUUUGGGGAGCGUGAGCGCAGAGCGUGCCCGGCCGCUGGCGGGUGUCGUCUGCCGGGGCCGGCGGCCCGGUGGCAGCUGCGAGCGCGGCUCCGCCCCCUCCGCCUCCGGUUACGCCGCCCGCGCGGCUCCCGCCGCACCUCCGCAGUCCCCGCCGCGCCCCGCGCCCCCUGCCAGCGCGCAGCCGGCUCGCAGCCCCGUCCCUCUAGACUCUGCCCGCCCGCCCGUCCGUCCCUCCCUCCGCUCGGGACCGGGAGGCUCCACCUCCAGCCCGAGGCUCGGCGCCGUCUGCCCCCAGGCGAGCCCCCGUACGCACCCUCCCCAGUGGGGGCCCAGCACGCUGCUGCAGGGGCGAGUUUCGACGUUGGCAGCCUUGAGCUCACCACAAUGGAUGUAUAGGCGGGACGAAGGUGGCGCUGGAGGCACCCAGGCUGAGAAUCCCGACCGCGGGUUCCAGGUGCUGUGCAGUCAGUCCCCCGACCAACGUCAGGCUGAUUGCUUAGCCUCUUUGUAACUACUCUUCUGGAUUUGGGACGCAAGGUUGAACUGAAGAGAGCUGUUCUUCCACCACUCUGGGACACCAGGUCCUCCUCAGGCGGAUAGUACACCUGUCUUUUAUCCUGUUUCCAGUAAGUGACUUUCUCACUGAGGUAGAACGAGUUUGAGAGAUAGUCCUCGGGCUAAGAACUUUUACCUGAGAAUCUGACAGCCUGACACCCAGUCAGUCCCCUCCCCACUGCUGCCUUGGAC